GUAAGCGAGGAGCGUGCAGGCUAACCCUGAAAUGGCGAGAGAUGACGAGAUUAGAACGAGAUGUAAAGACAGCUGACGUCAGUCAAAGUUGGCUUAUCUUUUAGCUUUGAUAACAACAACAACUUGGGGGAAAAGCUAAAAACGAACAAAAAAACAAGCAAAGCGAAAAAAAAAAACGAAACGAACAAAAACAAAAAAAAAGUAAAAGACAGGAAACAACAACAACAACAAAAAAAACACCCCCUCCUUUUUUUAUAAUACAUCAUUUUAGACCUUUUAAAUUUGUUAUAUAUUUAUAUAUACAUAUAUAUACAUAUUUUUUAAGAAGGGGAAAAAAGGCCCAAAAAUCAACAACUCAAGGAUAUAUAAGGAAAAGAGACGUUAAACAUCAAGCAAAACAAACAAACACACAUACAUAUAUGUGUAUACACACACACACACAUUAAUAUAUCUGCACACACAUUGACACAACCAUAACAAUAGUAAUAAUAUGUUGUUAUUAGUAUUGUUAUAAUACUAAUAACAUUUAUUAUAAUAUACUACUAAUAACUGUAACAGUAUUAAUAGUGAUUAUAGCUUCAUACAAAAUUGGAUUUAUUUUAGAGCAGAUUUAGAAAAGCAAGAUUGUAGGCUGACAUGAGUUCUGAUUGCCACGCACUUGUGGUGAAAGAAGGUUAUCUAUGGAAACGCGGAGAACAUAUUAAAAAUUGGAGGAAACGAUAUUUCCUUCUACGGAAAAAUGGUGCCUUCUUCGGUUUUCGGGCGAAACCUGAGAAUGACGCCACAGAACCUCUUAAUAAUUUCACAGUUAAGGGAUGUCAGUUGAUGAAGCAGGAUAAACCUCGGCCCAAUACAUUUAUUAUCAGAGGACUACAAUGGACAACAGUCGUAGAACGCAUGUUCUGUGUCGACAGCCCAGAAGAAAGGGAAGAAUGGAUGCAAGCCAUACGCUCGAUUGCGGAAUCUUUAGCAGAAACGGAAGGAAUUGGUUGUGCUGAAUUAAAUAAAUCUCGAAAAAAAGUGUCUUGUCAGGAUGGUCAAGAACCCACAUCACUAGACGACUUUGAGUUCCUGAAGGUAUUAGGCAAAGGAACAUUUGGUAAAGUUAUCUUGUGCCGAGAGAAAACUACCAGCGACCUUUAUGCUAUAAAAAUUUUGAAAAAGGCUGUAAUUGUUGCCAAGGAUGAAAUUGCUCAUACUUUGACAGAAAACCGAGUUUUACAAAAUACCAGGCAUCCAUUUUUAACACAAUUAAAAUAUUCAUUCCAAACAGCAGAUCGACUAUGUUUUGUUAUGGAAUAUGUGAAUGGUGGAGAACUGUUUUUCCAUUUAUCGAGGGAGCGAGUAUUCACUGAAGACAGAACACGUUUCUAUGGUGCAGAGAUAAUUUCCGCAUUAGGUUACCUGCAUGAAAACAAUAUAGUAUACAGAGAUUUGAAGUUGGAAAAUCUAUUGUUAGACAAAGAUGGACAUAUAAAAAUAGCCGACUUUGGAUUAUGUAAAGAAGAAAUGUGUUUUGGUGCAAGCACCAAGACUUUCUGUGGUACCCCAGAAUAUUUGGCUCCAGAGGUACUUGAAGACAAUGACUAUGGGAGAGCUGUGGAUUGGUGGGGGACGGGAGUUGUUAUGUAUGAAAUGAUGUGUGGUCGGUUACCUUUUUAUAAUCGUGACCAUGACAAGCUGUUUGAACUAAUCAUUCUACAGCCCAUACGAUUUCCUCGAACCCUUUCAGAAGAAGCCAAAUCCUUAUUAGAUGGCCUUCUCAUCAAAGACCCAUCAAAAAGGCUUGGUGGAAGUGAAGACGAUGUCAAAGAAAUAAUGGCUCACCAAUUCUUUGCCCCUGUUCAUUGGCAUGAACUUCUUGAGAAAAAGAUUACACCACCAUGGCGACCAGAUGUGAAAUCUGCUGAUGAUACAAAAUACAUCCCUGAGGAAUUUGCCCGUGAGCCCGUUGCUCUCACUCCACCGCAGACAAUAACUCCACCCCUUGAGGCUAUUGAAGAAGAUGAGUUCGAGUUACCCUAUUUUUCACAGUUCUCCUAUCAUGGCAGUAGAAGUAGCUUGGGAAGCUAUCUUAGCGCAUCUGCAGCAACUGCAGAAUUAUUUUAACAAAAAAAAAACCCAAAAAAAACCAAGCAACAGGAAGAAAAAUAUAAUAAUAAUAAUAA